UGCCGAAGGACGGCGUCAGCUUUCGGAAUGAGGAAGGAGGAGCCAAAUCUUCCUUCCAGCUCCCCGGUACUGUGGGCUGUUACACGUCUCGUUUCAGUGUGGUUGUUGGCCUCCUAUGCCGAAGUAGCUUACUCUGAUGGUUUGUAUUUUCUGGUAGAACAAGCAGGAAUUAAUUUGAAAGAAAUGCUUAUAACAUUAGAUAUUUGAAGUGGAGAGAUACGAUCUGUGCUUAGUCGAUAGGAAACUGCAGAGGCUCACGGAAAUCCUAGAUGCAGACAACAUUAGCGAAUGCACAAAUUGUGCAUUUAGCUGCAUUUCAGAAGCAUUAGAAUAUACAGAGCAACUAGUAAUAUAUGACUUAAGGAACAGAAGGCGUGAUUUCUCAGCGAACUAUGUUUUUUUCUACAUUUUGGUCGAAUUAUUUUGAUGUGUUGCUUGUCUGGUAAGGACGUGGUGGUAGAGACCAAUUCCAUUGCUAAUUAUGUAGCUCUCAAAGGACAUUUACAUUGUUUCAUCAUGGGGCCUCAGAACUUCCCCCUUGAUUCCUAAGUAAGGGAUACAAGAAAAAAUCAGCCCUGUAUGUGGGUUUAACUUAAUCGAAUCUUAAGGUGAUUAUGGAAUGAUAGUGGGAUAAACAUGUUUAAAAUUAGAGUUAUGUUCUGCAUUCUGUUAAUUUCAAAAUCCCAGAUAUGAUGGUUGUGGAUUUUUUGGGGGGAUGUUUCGUUGUUUGUUCGUUUUUGGUGUUGGAGUAUUUCCUCUUGUUUGUUUGGUAUUUUGCUUAAUGUGUUUCUGUACAUGGUCCAAGUUUGUCUGAAUUUGUUUAAAAGUAUUAAUUUUGAAAGUGGUUGGGUUUUUUCUUUUGGUGGUGGGGCCAGGCUCUUGCCAUGUAUUCAUAUUGCAUGGUUUUCCCCUAAAUUUCCACUGACUUGUGGAAGUGACCUUAAAGCCCUUAUUGGUCCAGCACAGUGAGAGCAGUAAUUUAGGUGAGCAUGUUCAAAGGCUCACCGGCAGGAUGCACAGAGACACAGUCUCAUCAGAGGAGUCAGCCCCUGGUGCUGUCACUGGGGAGCCACCAGCGCCAUUGCCCAGGUGUGCCGUGCAGCAAGAGCAGUGCCCAGGAGGGCUGUCUGGAACAGCUCACAAGAUCGAGGGGGCUAACUGCCUAGAAAAUAUGGGUCACAUGGGAUGCAAGAGAAAAGCGUCUUGUGACUGCACAAAAUUAUGGGGUGCUCCUGGGAGGGACUAAAGGAAGGUGGUUUGAGGAGGAACAAGUAUGGGAAAAUAAAAGGGCCUGGUCAGCCUGUUUGACUGUGUCCUAGGCCAGAUUGCCACAGUCUGUCCUCUUUUCUCAUUAAGGUGCUUUUCUGGCUGUUCUGCUGGGCGAGAGGACUCUGUGCCCUGUUCUUGUGUGCAUACUGAGCUCUAAGUGCCAGUGACUGGAGAUGCACAUGUCUCACCUUCAGGAGAUGGCCUCUUCUAAGUCUUUGAUGAACCUUCUAACCUUCACCUUUGGCUCAGCAAUAGGAUUUUUUGUCUGCUAUCUUCUGUUUAGUAUUAUACUAGAAGAACAGGUUAAGAUCCAGCCUCAUGUUCUUCACAAUGAUCCACAUGGUCAACACUCAGCAGAUACUGACAACAAUCAGCUGCAAGGACAAAUGAAUUUCAAUGCAGAUGCUGGACAGCAUAAAGAUGAGGAUAAAAAUAUUGCAGAAGGACUGUAUCACAAGGUGAAAAUACUGUGUUGGGUCAUGACUGGACCUCAAAAUCUAGAAAAGAAAGCUAAGCAUGUUAAGGCCACUUGGGCCCAACGCUGUAAUAAAGUACUUUUUAUGAGCUCUGAGGAAAAUAAAGACUUCCCAGCUGUGGGCCUAGAAACCAAAGAAGGCAGGGAUCAACUGUACUGGAAGACUAUUAAAGCUUUUCAAUAUGUAUAUGACCAUUAUUUUGAUGAUGCUGAUUGGUUUAUGAAAGCAGAUGAUGAUACAUAUGUUAUAUUGGACAAUUUGAGAUGGCUUCUUUCAAAAUACAGUCCUGAACAGCCAAUAUACUUUGGAAGAAGGUUUAAGCCUUAUGUGAAACAGGGCUACAUGAGUGGAGGAGCAGGAUAUGUUCUGAGCAAAGAAGCUCUGAAGAGAUUUGUUGCUGCAUUUAAAACGAACAAAUGCACUCACAGUUCCUCUAUUGAAGAUCUGGCACUAGGAAAAUGCAUGGAGAUCAUCAAUGUGGAAGCAGGAGAUUCUAGGGAUACAAGUGGUAGAGAAACUUUUCAUCCAUUCGUUCCAGAACAUCACUUAAUCAGAGGAUACCUACCAAAAACAUUCUGGUAUUGGAAUUACAAUUACUAUCCUGCUGUAGAGGGUCCUGGGUGCUGCUCUGAUCUAGCAGUUUCAUUCCACUAUGUUGACUCUGUGACUAUGUAUCAUUUGGAGUAUUUGAUUUAUCAUCUUCGUCCAUAUGGGUAUUUGUAUAGGUACAAUCCUGAUUCGUCAAAGAAUCCAGAAGAGCAGAGCAAAAAUGAAGCACUGGAGAAUGAUCAAAAGCUAAAGCAAAAAACUUCUGAGAGCUGAUUGGACUUUGAAAAAACCAAAAAGAAGCCAGUACAAUGAGUAAGAGCCUCCUCAAACUUGUGCAUGAAGCUUGUGGACUGAAAUUACUCCUGGCAAUUCUUAUUUCAAAAAUCAAGUUGGCAGCACUUCUUGUCACCGUGUGUACAGUAGAGUCUGGUGCUGGCUCUGACUGCUUGGGAUAGUGUGACCUUGCAGCUCUGCCCACAAAGAUUUGGGGCCCUAAAGCUGUGGAAUUGGAGGUUGCUCUGCUACAAUAAUACGUGGGAGAAUUUGUAUGAAAACCGUAGUGGACAGAUUCACAGAUGAUCAUACCCCAUUUCUGUUCCUUUUUCUGUUCUCCUCUAUUUCCUUUCCAUUAAGUCAGUUCUAAUAUUAGAAAUUGGACGCUGCCCAGUCAAACACAUCAUGAUGGCUUUCUGAAGUAUUCUCAACAUCUUGAAGUUACUUUGUGUACCUAGCCCUAAAAGUAAGGCAGAGACACAGAAUUAGAUUCUCCAGUCUGCUUUGCCUUAACAACAGAGUGGCAGAAUUUCACCCACAAGAUUAAUCUGAAUUGUUUGAGAAACAGAAUUCACUGCUAUGAACUACUUAUAAAGUUUUCAAUUCUGUUGUGCAAAACAAUAUGAAGUUUUUGGGGGAGGAAUACUCUUCUGGAGAGAAACAAGAAACAGUUACUGUUGUUUAAAUUGCUGAGGUGAUGCAGCUGCUUACAUAUUUGCCUGUGGCCUUUUUUUUUUUUUUCAGUUUUAUUAACUUAUCCUUUUGGUUGAAUGGAUAUAAAAUUCAUCUUAGCAUUUCUCAGCCUAAGGUAGAUGCUUUUGAAAAUAGAAGUCUUUUUUCUAUUCUUUCAUCCCACCUGCCACAUAAACCAGGAAGAAUAGUAUCUUAGUGAAGUUGCAUUGUAACAACUUGGUUUCAGCCACUAUUAUAAUUAGUUUGUUUUCAUUUUAAUUUUCUCUAGAGGUUAAAAUUCUCAGAUACAGAAAUGUCCUAUUUUAAAACUGCACCAAAGCCAGUUUAUUUGGUUGACGUACUUAAUUUCACUUUUCUGAACAUUUUUUCUUCCACUUUAAAAAUUUUUUUCUGUAUCUGCUUCUUGUUACCUUUUUCAGCACAAAGUGUUAAAUGAUCAUUUUUUCACUGUUUUUGAAGC